GGGAUCUUAUCUCCAUUGGCAAUUGGGCCGAAUCCCGACGAAUGCGGACGGUUACUUAUGACACAAGUUAGGCCUGCGAAGAUGCAAGAUUCACUGCGAUCUCAGCGAGCAUAAGCCUUGCCUUCGCGCCUCUGCCUGACCCUACUCCGCGCCGGAAUCGCCGCUGCGAAAUCCGUAUAAAAGGCGCCCAGCGCGAACGUCGUCGGACUCGAACCUCCGCCCCCUGACGCUGCUCAUGACCGUCGCCCCAGACUCGUACACGGACGAGUCCCGCCCGCUCCUCGACCAGCGUCCGCCCUCCUACCACUCCGCCUCCGAUGUGGACAGCGAGGCGACAUUAGAUGGCGACGACGCGUCCUCUCCACCUCUCAUCAACGCAAAGUCCAAGAGUGAAAUAGUUUGGAUCCUCGCCGGCUUAUGGUCCGCCGUCUUCUUGGGAGCCCUUGACGGAACCAUUGUAGCAACACUCCUGACGCCUAUAGGCAGUCAGUUCAACAGGUCCAACCAGUCCUCAUACAUUGGCACCUCAUAUCUCCUCUCCGUCUGCUGCUUCACGCCACUCUAUGGGCGCUUGUCUGAUAUCCUUGGGCGCAAGGGCGCAAUGCUGCUCGCGCUUACGCUUUUUGGCGUCGGAACGGCGUGCUGUGGCAUCGCACCAUCCAUGAACACGCUGCUAGCCGCACGAGCAGUAGCGGGCAUGGGGGGCGGCGGGGUCAUGACCGUUUCAAGUGUCACGGUGACGGACCUUAUACCAUUGAAGCAGCGCGGGCUUUAUCAGGGCAUGGCAAACAUACUUUUUGGUAUGGGCGCCGGUUUAGGCGGACCGCUCGGUGGGUGGAUCAACGACAAUCUGGGAUGGCGCGCCGCCUUUCUCCUGCAGAUCCCAAUCCUCAUCUUCAGCUUCGUAUUGGUCGCCUGGAAGGUCAACAUCGUGCUGCCCUCCGAGGUCCAGAGCCUGCCGCUCAAGGAAAAACUACUGCGAAUCGAUUUCGGCGGCUCAAUAACGUUGGUUAUCAUGGUUGGCAGUCUUCUACUAGGCUUCAGCCUGAAGACGACGGAAGAGAUGCCGUGGUCCUCGCCCCUCAUCGUCGGCCUCUUUGUGACGAGCGCUGUAUUCGCAGUAGCCUUCCUCGCGGUAGAAAAAUACUGGGCGCAUUCUCCGGUCAUGCCGCUUCGCCUGCUAAAGCAGCGUACGGCGCUCGCAGUCUCCUUGAACAACCUUGUGUCUAGCAUGGCCGCAUUUUCUAUGCUGUACAACGUGCCUCUGUACUUUUCUGCCGUGCGCCUGCAGUCCGCGGCCAGCGCAGGCCUUCAUCUCCUACCGCAUUCAGUGGCACUCAGUACGGGGAGCGUGUUUGCCGGCUGGGUCAUGAGGAAGACCGGAAAGCUGUACACCUUGACCUUGGUGUCCUCCCUGCUCACCGUCCUCGCGAACGUCCUUGUCGUCUUAUGGACGGACAAGACGUCGGCAUUCCACCUGUGGUUCGACAUCGUACCGCAGGGCUUUGGCAUGGCUAGCUCGAUUACGAGCACGCUGAUUGCCAUGAUUGCCGGCGUUUACAAGGAGGAUAUGGCUGUAGCGACUGGAAUUACCUACCUCUUCAGAACGACCGGCCAGGUCCUCGGCGUUAGCUUAAGCGGUGCCAUCCUGCAAGCCGUCCUCUUAUCCCAAUUGCGGCACCGUAUAACAGGGCCCAACGCGGCCGAGAUAAUUUACGAAAUCAGACACUCGAUAGCUACCAUCCGGGACCUCGAUCCUCUGACGAAGGAGGCCGCUGUGAGGUCGUACGGCGACGCCUUACGCGUCGUCUUCGUCUUCCAGCUGGUGAUGUGCAUCAUCGCUUUCUUGAGCUGCGUCCCGAUCCAGGAGAACGCCCUACCCGGAACGCACGAGGAGCAGGAACAACACUAUCGGAAUCAAAGGGAGCAGGAGGAGAGGGACGGCCAUGACGCUUAACGCGUGCAGAGUAACUCACUUAUUGAAUGUCCCCCCAUGUGUAUAUUACUACCGUUCGCACCCACCAGCACAUCGCAGCAAUACAUACUAUACCAUGGACCUCCGUAGACGAGGACACACUGUGUCAAUAGAAUCAGACUUAACCUUACCAGUGUCCUCCUAAGCGC